CAUCGUUGAACUCUUUAGGCCGUUGCUUAUUACCGUUGCUUAUAAAUGCAUAUUUACUUUUCGUAUAAUUUGAGGAAUAAUAAAAUAAAUAAUAAUAAAAUAGUCAUAAAAUAGUGAAUAACAAAAGAAGCAAUAGUAUUUAUUUGCUGUCCAAUAUGUAACUGAAAUAACUACUUAUAAAUUGAAGUGUAAUAAUUUUGAAAUGAAUUUGCAUGCAUUGAAAACAUGAUUUCGAAAUGUUAUUCCGCUCAAACAUAUCGAGGAUUCUUUUUAUUUGAAAUAUGUGCGAUUAUGAACUCAAAUAUACAUUAAAUUUUCGCCAAAAAUGAAAGUCACUGUUUGCAUAAAUGAUGUUAAAGUGGUUGUUCCAUGUGGAAAUGGAAGCAUUCUAAUCAGAGAAUUAGCAGAAAUGGCUCUUUUAAGAUUUCAAAAGUCCACUUCCUCCUUAAUGCAUACAAAAGGCGUAGAUCAAAGUAGUCCACAAUGUACAGGAAAUCAAGUGAAAUCUGUUGAACAAGAGAAACACGAUAAUCGCUUAAACAAUCAAACAUUUCAAAGGAAAAUGAACCAGUCGGAUGGAGAUUGUCAGCUACAAACAGACAAUUCACAUAAACUGACUAUCGACAAUGACUACGAAGUGGAUACACUGACGCUAGCUCGUGAUGGUGGCAUCCUUGACUGGGAUGAUCGAGUUGCUGAUGUUCUAGAUGAUCGUGAACUUUUAAUUGUAAAUUUUCGUAAGAAAUCGUCAAAUGCCUCAUCAGCGCAAUCUUCAGCAGGUCCAGCAGCACUAACAGCGACAACAACAACAACAACACCAGUAGUACAAAAUGAGGUACAACAAAAGACAUCACAAGAAAACUACAAUAUCAGUGAUGAUAUUAAUGAUGAUGACGAAACAAUCAACAAAUCUAGACAGUCUUACUAUCAACCAGCAUACAGGAGUAAUGAUAAAGCGAUCGAUAGAAAUCUAAAUGCACCUCUCUCUGUAAAAAAUAUUGAUUUCUGUCAAUCACCAAUAACCUGUGGUAUUGGCAAAAUUAUAUGCGAUACUGGUGUCACUUAUAUCCAUUCACAUUCACCUCUGGCUGCGGCAGCGGCGGCGGCAUCAUCAUCGUCACCGCAUUCUCGACAAUUUCAACAAUCCCCAGAAUUAUCAACACUGACUGAUACGAUGAAACCUCCACCGCCACCGCUGAGGUAUUUAGAUCAUCGACAUAGGUCACCUACACUGAAUACAUCGUGUGAUUGUUGUCAAAGUAAUGCAUGGACAACUGAUGAAGACAGUCGAACAGGCAGAAUAAAUCGAUAUUAUCAAAAUGUUAAUCCAAUCAUAGAUUACCAGCAUAAUUCAUCGUAUCCUGUAACAACAUAUAUUGGUGGCUUAGAAUACGAAUUGUUGACAUCACAGACACCAGCUGCUGCAUUCAGACCACCCACUUGUUGUUGUUGUAUAUCGACGUCAGUAGCAACAACAACAACACUGUCCACAGUGAAUAACAGACAGACAUCUGUCCUGUGCACACCAACAACGACAACAUCCUCAUCAUCCCCAUCAUUAGCAAAUAGAGGUAAUCGACCGGCUCCACCACCACCGGCUUCACUUCCAUCAUCUACAUCACAACAGACCUCGAGCAUCUCAUUACCGCCUUUAGCACAACCCUCUAUGCGAAUAUGCGCUAAUCGAUCCAGUCAGCCGACAACAGAGGAUAUCAACGCUAAUCGACGACAACCACAACAACCAGUAAUUAUGAAUAAUUCACAAAUGAAUUUAUCAAAACCAAAAAUGGGAAUGGACAAUAAUGUUUACGAAGAGAAUAGUUCAGAUGCACAUCUUGAUAGGACUGGAAGACAACAAGCCAGCAUAGACGCUCAUUGUUUUGACAGCAUUCAGGAUACUUCACAAGAGGCCAGAAUACAUUGGAAACCCGUUCCAAAUAUGUUCAGCUCAUCUGGAAGUUACUACUUUCAAUCAGUGAAUAUCGGUCGUUGUCAUGAUAAUCUACUGUCCGAUACUCCAUUAGCGUUUACAAGUCAAACACCACAGCCAUCGGCGGACAUACCGUCAUCAUCUACCUUGAAUGAAUACCAACUAUCAGGUAUAUUAUCAUCCACUCUGGAUCCUUCUUUGGAUGAUAUGAGCAUCAUAAAUAACAAUAACAACACGAAUUCUCUUCUAAUGGAUACCUCAUUCUUAUCAACUGUGCCUGAAGAAGAUACUGAACUGACCAGUUCAAGUAAGACAACACCAAAACAAAGUCCUUGUAAACAAAUCUAUGUGUUAAAGCGUAUAGAACAAGGCGAUGAUCCCGAUGAUAAUGACGGUGGUCAUGGUCAUGGUGACAGUGGUGGUCGUGGCGGUGUUGUUGUACACAGUUCAUCCGAGUCUUCAUCACCAAUUACUGUACGGCGAACUCCACAUUCUGCUGAACAAAAAACCAAAGAAACUGACAACUUCACUUGUCCAUCCUGUCAGGCAUUUUCUGAUACCGCUGCUUCUGCUGUCGAAUCAACAUCAUCCUCUUCAACACUAUCCAAAGAACAGUAUUCCUCAUCACCACCACUUGUUCAAGAUAAUUCAUCAACCCGAGUCAACAGAAAACAAAAGCGUUAUCGUAGCUCGAGAGCACCUGCCCCACCACCACCUCCAAUUCACCCUAAGCUGGUAACGUCAUCCUCUGCGAUGCAAUCCGCUCCGACUACUUCUAUUCCACAAGGACAUCAGUUGACACCGCCACCGCCUCCACCGCCUCCUAGGUCCUCACGUAAUGAUGAUACACCGUAUACAAGUGAAUCAGAUAUAGAAGAACAGAAUUAUAAAAAUAUACCUCCAAGAAGUAGACAUCAUCAGUGCAAACUGACGGAUUCUUCAUCCAGUCCUAACUCUCUGAAUACUCACGAAGUAAAUCGUUACUCUAAAUAUGAAGCAUCAUUGAUGAAUUGUGUUCAUUCCUAUGAACAGAAUCAUCAACAAAAAGGAGAUAAACACAAACAUGAUCAUCAUAAAUCUACUCACAACACCGGCUGUCUACCAUCAUCUUCAUCCUCCUCACCGUCUACAUCAUUAAAGUCCUCAUCAACAACUUUAUCUAGAAUACCAACAGAUACUUGUCAGCUAGUUGGCAGUUUACAACAAACAUCCACAACAUGGAAUUCAGAAGAAAAUCAAGUCAAUUCUUCCCUGCUAAGAUGUCCACAUUGUAAUGAAAUUCAAAAUGAUAAAAAUAACUUAGUAGAUUCUAACACUGGAACAACAACACCAACAACAACGACAACAAUAGUGCGUAAACCAACUCCACCAAAACGAUCGCCUAAGACCACAUUAACAAGUUGUACUCCAUCUACAAAACCAGAUGAAUUCCUCAGCGAUGAUCAGUCUAGAAUGAAAUUGUCUCAAGUUCAAAAUUGUUCCGUCCAUAAUGAUGCCAUCGAGAAUGAAAAUCGACAAGUUUGCUCGAAUAGAAUCGAUGGCGAUAGUAACCGAAGCCGAAAUGAAAAUCAAGAAGUCACUAACGUAACCGCCAGUCCUCCUACGACGGCUACUGCUACGAAUAUCGUCAACAGUAGCAGUAGCUAUCAUUGUGAAGCCGAUGAACAACAAAGAACUACCACCACCACGACCAACAUCACAACUACAACUCCUAUAAAUGAUAAACAUCCAUCCCAGUCAUCCUCAUCUGUACAUAACCCACUAAAUCAAAGUAUAGAGAAUGCAGCUAUGAAUCAAUUACAUUCAAUGAAUGCCUAUUGUCCAUGCAAUCUAACACAUCAUGGAGAUGCUGACGCUGAAGUUAUUCAUAUGACUGAAUUACUAUCAAAACGAAGAGAAUCAGAAGCUCGUCGACACCUGCUACUAGCUGAAAUGGAAGCUGGUCUAGAAAGAGAUGAUCGUCUACGAGCAGCUGCUAAUGCAAUGGCACUGGCUGCAGUCAGCAGUAUUACUACACCACCAGAUAUGAUCAACAUUACGCAUAAAGGCAUAAAAUGUUGUCAUUGUGAUUACCAUAAUGCUACUACCACUACUAAUAUCACGCCAACUAAUGUACAUAAUAGUAGUCAAAAACACUACUUACUUUCUUCACAUCCUCAUUUACAAUCAACAAUAGAUACAAAAUUAUCUGAUUAUAAUGAUUCCGUACCACCACAGCUGUCAUCUUGUUCAUCAUGCUAUUGCUGUUGUCCAUCGGAGUGUAUAAAAGAAGAAGAUAUUUUGAUAGCAUUACAAAAAUCCUCCUCCGGUUUAGGAUUCAGUUUAACUACAAGAAUUAUAAAGCCAAGAAAUCCUGUCUUGCCGAAUGAUCCGUCUUCCACAACCGGGAUAACACCGACAUCAACAACUCCGCUGAAAUCGGCAAAUACCAAUGAAGUUUUAUUUGCUGUUUGUGUCAAAAAUAUCCUACCAGAUGGUCCAGCUAUCAAAGAUGGACAAUUGCGUAUUGGUGAUAGAUUGAUUCAAAUUGAUCAUUUGGAUGUUAUAGGCAAAACUCAAGCACAGAUAGUUUCUAUUCUUCGGAUAAAACCAAUCGGUAGUAUUGUCAAUCUAUUAGUACGUCGACAAGUUCAUUUGUGUCAGUUGAAUGCUUCACAAGAUUAUUCUACAUGCAAUUGGUUAAAUCAAUCUACUUGUAUAUGUCAAUGUCCUAGUGCUGGUCAGCCACCGUCUAGAAUGUUAAAAUGUUGUAAUCCUACUUUAGGAAAACCCCCAAUAUGGUUUGAAUGUCAAUCAGAUAGAAUAACACGAAAGUGUACUUCUCCACCAUUGCCGAUAACUUCAUAUUAUGAUGGAUGUACAAAUUUUGAACGUGUUUAUCAUCCAAGCUAUCCGCCUUAUCCGGACGUGAUUCUACUUCGGCUUACCACAAGCACUGCAACUCCUGGUAAUAACACUUCUAGUACUGCAACAAUCUCUGCAACCGGCUUACGUCAAAUGCGACUUGGUGUUAGUGUACGUGAAUCUAGUUCGUCUCGAACAAGCAAGUUAAAUGAGCUAUCACAGAAUACAAUAAAAAUGAUGAAACCGGGUACAAAAUCAUCUUCCAGUGAAGAUAAAGCCACUUAUACAUUCUCCUCGUCAUCAUCUUCGUCAAUAUCAACAUCGACAUCAUGGGCUGAUGCAUGUCUUGCUGAUUCUAUCUACGGUGGGGUUAUUGUUAAAUGUGUCAUUGAAGGUGGAGCAGCGCAUAAAGAUGGUCGACUUCAAAUUGGCGAUGAAUUAUUAGAAGUCAAUGGAGUGAUUCUAGUCAACAUCAGUAAUCCUCUGAGUUUGUUACGUUCAGUUCUACGCAAAUUAACCUCGAGCAACGAUAAUAAUAAAAAUAGCAGCAGUAAAACCGCUGGAGAUGCUAAUCACAGUAAUACAAUGGUUAAGUCAUCCAGUCUAACAGGUCCAGUACUAACAGGCACAAAACCGUCGACAUCAAUUAUGAAUGAGAAUGAUUGCGGCAGUGAUCGAAUCUCUAGUCAGAGACCACACACUGCAGACUCAACUGGUGAAGAAAAGUGUGAAUCAGGUCAACCAAAAAUUGUCGAUUUAUUGAUAGCACGAUUAACACGACAUCGAAGAUCUGCUUCCGGACAUACUUUGGCAUCAAAUUCUGAAUAUGGUUCAGAGGCAUCCACAACCAGUACAGUAUUAACUGCAACUCCAUACUAUUUUCCAUCUCAUACUACUAACAAUACUACUGAUAACACUAAUCAUAAUAAACCGAGUUCUGAUUCACCUAUUGUUAGUCAAGACCAACAAAAACACCCUGCACACUUUCAUCAUCCCCAGCAACAACAACAUCGUAACAAGGCGAACUAUACUACUAAUACUUCGACUUCAUCAGUAGUAACAUACCCCAGGGAGAAUGACUACUUAAAUAAGAACAGUGCUAAUAUCCGUAAAGAUACUACUACUACUACUACUACUAGCAGUAAUAAUGGAACAACUCGAAUCAAGGCUGAAAUACACUCAGUUAAAGUAGAACACGAAGAGGAUUUCGAGGAUGCUGAUAAUAAUAACAAUGACAAUGAUGAGAUUAUAAUAACUACGAGCAGUACUGGGGGAGAAAAUGAAUAUACCGUGAAUGUUACGAAUAAUUCAUUCAAGAAACAAUAA